GUUCACCAGAAAAGCACAAAUCCAUCAUCCUUUGGGAGAAGAUAUCCAAGCGAAAAGCCCUAAAUCUCUCUCUUUUUUCAAUAUCAAUGGCGGAUUUGGAUAAACUAGAGAGUGGUGGAGGAGGAGGAGUAAUCGCCGACAUUAGAGAAAACGGCGGCGGAGAGGUUGAAGAGAGGGAGACGCUAACGGAACUUGAAGGAAUCUCUGUGUUGGAUUUCGAUCUGCUUUGCUCGACGGUUGCGCUUCAGACUCAAGGGAAAUGGAGAAAACUCGAGAGCUCGGAAGGAGAAGAUGCGGCGGAUGAUGAUUACGGCGGCGGCGUUUUGCGGCUUUGGGAAGGCGAUGUUAUGGAUUGCUUCGAGGAUCGUCAUCUCUGUCUCGAAUCCGCUUGCUGUCCAUGCUAUAGAUUCGGGAAAAACAUGACAAGGACUGGUUUUGGUUCUUGCUUUCUUCAGGGUGCUGUUCAUAUGAUUCUUAUUGCUGGUAUCCUAUUCAACGUUGCUGCUUUUGCUGUAACCAGAAGACACUGCUUUCUCUACCUGGCUAUCGCUUUUGUUCUUUUGAUUGCAUCCUACUUGGGUUUCUUCCGUAUGCAGAUAAGAAGGAAGUUUAACAUUAGAGGUACUGAUAGUUUCUUGGAUGAUUGCAUACACCAUCUCGCCUGUCCAUUCUGUACAUUGACUCAGGAAUCGAAAACACUGGAGAUGAACAAUGUCCAUGACGGUAUUUGGCAUGGUCGAGGAGACACUCUAUGCAUAGGCGGCUAUUCUGAAGGAAAAGCUUUUCUUGAGCUGCAUUCGCCUCCAGUCAUUGUAUCAACUAUGUCACCUGAACCCUAACAGCACAGACAAAAUAGUUCAAUAAACCGCAAUCAAGGUCUGCGCCUCCAUAGCAGUAGGCAUUGGUAUCAUCAUCAGCUUAUGGCGAUUGGUUUGCCUAACCGUUAAAAGAGAUUCAUGUGAAAAGAAAACUUUCAUGUUUGUUUUCGAAACUGUGAUAUAUAGCAAACAUGGAAGUUCGACAAAAAAGUCCUGUAACCUUCUAAAAGGAUGAAUAGAGGCCAUUUGUAUGCUAAUAGUGAACCAGACUUCUUUUUGUAUAAUACUGCAUUUGAAGAUGGUGAUCACAUUCAACCAUUGUAAUUUACAGAUAAAGAAGAUUUGGAUCAUUCAUCAACC